GCAGAUGUCCAUUCGUAUAAAGAUUGUAAGCAAACAUAUGUGUCUGUAUACAGAUAAUCACACUUACAUUGUGGGAAAUAGCUUCAGAGGGAAUAAAAACAUACCGAACUCAAUUCAAACAGUCAGUGGUGUGAAGUGAGCGUAAAGCUACAAACUCAGUGACAAUAAAAUAAAAUAUUCAAACAAAUUUGGAAGAAUGUCUGAUGCCGGGGAAUAUACUGGCUAUGAAACUAAGGCCAUUCAUGCGGGACAGGAAUACGAUCAGUGGAGUAAUAGGGAAAUUGUACCACCGAUUGUGACAUCAAUGACAUUCUUCCAAGAUGAUCCAACGAAUAUGCAGGGCCAUUAUUAUGGACGUUACAGCAAUCCAACACGUGAUUCACUCGAACGUUGUUUGGCUGCAUUAGAUAAUGGAAAACACGGUUUAGUUUAUCCGUCGGGAUGUGCGGCUAUAACUGCGUUGUUGCAUUUGUUAAAACAAGGCGAUCACAUUGUAUCAGCAGCUGAACAGUAUGGUGGCACACGAUCGCUUUUUUUGGAUUAUAUUGAAAUACAAGGAAUCGAAAUUGAUUUUGUCGAUUCAACUGAUUUGAAGCAAAUUGAUGAUGCUAUCAAACCAAAUACAAAGUUGAUGUUCUUUGAGACUCCAUCGAAUCCAUGUCUAAAAUACUCUGACAUUGCAGCUAUUGCAAAAUUGGUCCAUUCGCAGAAUAAUGGUCAAAUUGUUGUCGCGGUUGAUAAUACAAUGCUGACAUCAUACUUUCAACGACCAUUGGAAUUCGGUGUCGAUGUUGUAAUGUAUUCUUUAACUAAAUAUAUGAAUGGGCAUAGCGAUGUGUUGGCCGGUGCACUCGUUCUCAACGACACAGAAAUCUAUAAUAAAUUAAAAAUCGUUCAAACAAAAUAUGGUUCAGUGCUGUCACCUUUUGAAAGCUUCCUGACAAAUCGUGGUCUCAAAACAUUGCCUUUGCGCAUGCAACGGCAUUCGGAAAACGGCAUCGCCGUUGCCUAUUACUUGGAAACACAGAAAAAUGUGGUCAAAGUUAUUCAUCCAGCAUUUCCAUCGCAUCCUCAGCACGAGCUUGCAAAGAAACAGAGCUCAGGUUAUUGUGGUAUUGUUACAUUCCAAAUAAAUGGCGGGCUAGAAGAAUCGAAAAAAUUCGUUCAAAACCUUCGAUUGUUCCAAAGUUGCGGUAGUCUCGGAAGUUACGGCAGCUACGUCAUGAUUUCAGCACGCGUUAGUCACGUAGACGUGCCAAAAGAAGUCCGGGAAUCCAUUGGAAUAUUCGAUUCAACCAUUCGAUUAUCAGUUGGGCUAGAAAGUGCUGAUGACCUCAUAAAAGAUUUGAAGCAAGCAUUUGAAAAAACAUUCGCUUAAGCUCUAUUAUCUUUUUUUGUUUAGAAUUCCACUGUAUUCUGUGUAGAACAAAUAAAUUUGAUGAUAUGCAACAAAAAAUCAA